UAAUUUUCAGUUAAUUUAUUUAAAAUCUAAAACUUUAUGAAGAAAAUGAAAGAGAAGAGGGCUGCGAAACAAAAUGCUUCUUCGAGUGCUAAGAAUACCGGAAAGGAGACACCCAAAGGUACGACUCAUCUUCCAGUCACUCGAAAUGGAAGUAAGAGGAUAAUCAGGCCAAAAACUUCUUUCAAAGAAGCUAAACACACUCUGAAGAAACCUACUGGGGCUUCCAAAGGCUCAGGAAGGACCAGAAAGAGACAGAAAAUUAAAGAAGAAGAUAGUAAUGACGACCUCCAAGCUAAUAAAGAGAACAACAUGCCCACCCCCAUUUCGAAGAAGGGGUCUGUCACCAAGUCUGGUGUCUAUCUCAGAAAAAGAAAUAUUAAAAAUUCUUAUGAAAAAUCUAUCAAGGAAGAAAUCAGUGAAGAUGAAACUCAGGGUAAGGAAAGCACCAAACGGAUAUAAUUAAGGAAAUAACUAUUCCACAGUCUGCUUCUAAGGUAUCUGCAGCUGAGAGCAACAAAGAAAACUCAGAGUGAAUUAAAACUCCUUCAAGCGCAGAUUUGCCAAGAAACACCUAUGGCCUAAGAAGAAGGGGUCGUGGAAGGCAGCCAAAGAAGUCUCAUAUCUACAAAAGUGAAGAAAAUCUCAUUUUCUCACAUGAAAAGGAUGAAGAAAUGAACAAGCAUGAUGACAGUGAGUUUAAACUUCCUAAUGAAGACAAAAGAGUGAAUAAGAAAGAGCCAUAUGUAAAUGAAUUCGUCUCUGACUUCCGUAAAGACAUCACAAUGAGUGAAGAUACUAAAGACAAGAAGAAACUUCCCAUACUCAGCCAUAAUCUCAGUUUUGGAGCAGCAUAUCAAUUCGAUGAUUGUGAAAACAGUGAAGAAGGAUCCCUCAGCAACUAUAACAAGUCAAGAAUGAAUGCUACCUCCUUUAUUGAUGCUAGGAGAAGAACAGGAAGUAUCCGAAGGACCACCAAAGGACAUUGGACCAAAGAAGAAGACGCUCUUUUGAAAACAGCAGUUCUCAAAUAUGAAGGUAAAAAUUGGAAGAAAAUUGCUGAAUGCUUACAUGGGAGGACUGAUGUUCAAUGUCUGCAUAGGUGGCAGAAAGUAUUAAAUCCUAACUUAAUCAAAGGCCCAUGGACUCCUGAAGAAGAUGAACUCGUCCUCCUCCUUGUUGAAAAGAAUGGCCCUCAAAAGUGGACUCAGAUCGCUGAAUAUUUGCCUGGUAGAAUCGGAAAGCAAUGCCGAGAGCGCUGGCAUAACCACCUCAACCCCAAAAUCAAAAAGAUUGCUUGGAGUGAAGAUGAAGAAUGGAUUUUGUAUUUGCAGCACAGAAAGCUUGGAAAUAAAUGGGCUGAGAUCGCCAAAGUCCUUGAAGGGAGAACUGAUAACUCAAUCAAGAACCACUGGAACUCUUCGAUGCAAAAAUAAAGUCCUUGAUAUGAAGAAAAGACUCAACCAACAUAUUUUUGAAAACCU